AUGACGUCUACCAACUCAAUUUCAGCGUCUUCUAACAAUGCAGUCGAUACUCUGGUGGCAGCACUCAUGGGUCUCAACAUGAGUCCUGUCACUGCAAACGCCGUUGUAACGGUCAUACAAGCGAUCACUUCCGGCGAGCCCUCCACUCAAUUAGCGUCACCUCCUGUUCGUAUCCCUGAACAUGCUGAUGAAGCGGCGGAGGCAGGAGUGCACGCUGACCAUGCUACGAGCGACACUGACCAUGCUACGAGCGACGUAAUCCCUGCAGAGACUCCACCUCCCCCCGCCAAUAUCUCACCAACGCUACCUUCUGGAAACUCCCCCACCACCACCACCACCACCACCACUCUGGUGCCUACCGCUGUUACUCCCACCACUACCACUCCGGUGCCUACCGCUGUUACUCCCACCACCACCACCACUCCGGUGCCUACCACUGUUACUCCCACCUACGCAGACCCUGUUACGUUCCCGCCCAGUUUCGUUUCAUACCGAGGCUUCCAAUAUGAGAUUCCUCAUGCGUCCGCUCAAGCACCGUUCUACUGUGUGACUAAGGGCAAACGUGUUGGUGUUUUGUCUACGUGGGAAGAUACUUCCCCCCAGGUCACGGGUGUCAGCGGUUCCAUCCAAAGCCGUUGCCCGUCUAUUGAACUUCAUGGCGUCAUCGCAGAAGAGGGUGAACAUAGCUCAACUGACCCAGAUACGAUAUUUCGCAAGCUAAUCAACGGUUCCACUCGUAGGUUCCUAGAUAACUUGACAUUGCAGUACAUCGGCGGGAAUCAUUCGGAAGAGUCCCGGCGGCCCAUUCAGGACGCACUCAAUAUUUUGCAGGAAGCUGAGGACGCAAUUAGAGCAAGCGGAGGUGAUAGUACGGAAUGCCGCCAAGUCAUACUGUCCCUCGAGGACGUUCUCCUGCGUGUUUUUGAGGACGAGGACAUUAAAUCCGCACAUAGUCGAUGGCUUCUCAGGUAUCAGCUGGCACCUGAUGUCAUUAUUGCGUAG